GAGCAGUGAGGUGCUAGGAAAAAAAUGAGUGUCGAGUAAAUUACCAUCCGUCGGAGACACUGUUCCUCUUCUGCCAGCGCCCAUGGGCGAGGCCCGGGAGCGACACCGACACGUUAGGACCCACUGAGCCCGAUGGUGAGGCGCUGUUCCUGAGGUUCUUCCCGGUGGACGUUCACAUAUGAUGGAACGGGCGAUGGAGCAGCUCAACGUUCAGCUCAGCCGGCUGACUCGGUCCCUCCGCCGGGCCAGGACAGUGGAACUCCCGGAAGACAAUGAAACUGCUGUGUACACUCUUAUGCCAAUGGUCAUGGCUGACCAGCACAGGUCAGUGUCAGAGCUGCUGCUCAACUCCAAAUUUGAUGUGAACUACGCCUUUGGACGUGUAAAGAGAAGUCUGUUGCACAUCGCUGCCAACUGUGGGUCAGUGGAGUGUCUGAUUCUGCUGCUAAAGAGAGGAGCCAACCCAAACUACCAGGACAUCUCCGGCUGUACCCCUCUGCAUCUCGCUGCCAGGAAUGGACAGAAGAAGUGCAUGGGAAAACUAUUGGAAUUUAAUGCUGAUGUCAACAUCUGCAACAAUGAGGGACUAACUGCUAUCCACUGGCUGGCAGUGAACGGGCGGACAGAGCUCCUUCAUGACCUGGUUCAGCAUGUGACCAAUGUGGAUGUGGAGGAUGCCAUGGGACAGACAGCACUACAUGUAGCCUGUCAGAAUGGACACAAAACAACGGUGUUGUGCCUUCUGGACAGCGGAGCUGACAUCAACAGGCCGAACGUCUCUGGAGCCACGCCUCUUUACUUUGCCUGCAGCCAUGGCCAAAGAGACACAGCACUGAUUCUGCUCUCUCGAAGUGCCAAAUACCUGGCUGACAAGAAUGGAAUCACUCCUCUGGAUCUCUGUGUGCAGGGUGGAUAUGGGGAGACCUGUGAGAUCCUCAUCCAACAUCACAGCCGACUCUUCCAGACCCUCAUCCAGAUGACACAGAACGAUGAGAUUAAAGAGAGCAUGCUCAGGCAGGUUCUGGAGCAUGUCUCUCAGCAGAGUGACAGUCACUACCAGAGGAUCUUGACUAGUCUCGCUGAAGUGGGGACCACCAAUGGACACAAACUUCUCAGCCUGUCCAGUAGUUUCGAACCUCAGAUGAAGAGCCUUCUGAGAAUCGUUCGUAUAUUCUGCCACGUGUUCUGCCUCGGGCCUUCAUCCCCCAACAACGGCAAUGACAUGUGCUACAACGGCAACAAGACGCCUCGCAGCCAGGUCUUUAAGCCGUUGGAGCUGCUGUGGCACUCCUUGGAUGAGUGGCUAGUACUCAUCUCCACAGAGCUGGACAGGAACAGAAAGAACCCAUCCUCCUCCUCCUCCGGGAGCGAGAUAGCCUCUCUGCUUCUCAAACAGCGGGAUGUUGACCACUCUGGCGCUGCACCAAAGCUUCCUUCCUCGCUGGACCCUCAGAUCGUCAUGGAAACAGAGGUCUACGCUGACGGGGAGGACGUCGUCUCCAUGACAGCCAAUCGGCUCAGUGCUGUGAUCCAGGCCUUCUACAUGUGCUGCUCCUGUCAGAUGCCACAAGGAAUGACGUCCCCUCGCUUCAUUGAAUUUGUCUGCAAGCAUGACAACGUGCUCAAGUGUUUUGUCACCAGGAAUCCAAAGAUCAUCUUUAACCACUUCCACUUCCUCCUUGAGUGUCCAGAGAUAAUGUCACGCUUCAUGCAUAUAAUUAAGGGGCAGCCCUUCAAGGAUCGCUGUGAGUGGUUCUACGAGCAUCUGCUGGCCGGCCAGCCAGACUCAGACAUGGUUCAUCGUCCCGUCAACGAGAACGACAUCCUCCUCAUCCACAGAGACUCCAUAUUCAGGAGCAGCUGUGAGAUGGUUGCCAAGUCCACUAACGAGAAACUCAAACAGGGCAUUGCUGUUCGCUUCCACGGCGAGGAGGGCAUGGGUCAGGGUGUGGUUCGGGAGUGGUUCGACAUCCUGUCCAAUGAGAUCAUCAACCCAGACUAUGCUCUGUUCACUCAGUCAGCUGAUGGAACCACUUUUCAGCCCAACAGCAACUCCUCAGUGAACCCAGACCAUCUGAACUACUUCCGGUUUGCAGGUCAUGUCCUGGGUUUGGCUAUGUACCAUCGACAGCUGGUGAACAUCUACUUUACCCGCUCCUUCUACAAACACAUACUGGGUAUCCCAGUGAGCUACCAGGAUGUAUCAUCCAUUGAUCCAGAGUAUGCUAAGAACCUGCAGUGGAUCCUGGACAACGACAUCAGUGAUCUGGGUCUGGAGCUCACCUUCUCUGUGGAGACAGACGUGUUCGGGGCGAUGGAGGAAAUGCCGCUCAAACCUGGAGGGACAAGCAUCCUGGUCACCCAGGACAACAAGGAAGAGUAUGUGCAGCUGGUAACAGAGCUGAGGAUGACACGAGCCAUCCAGCCUCAGAUAAACGCCUUCCUACAAGGAUUCCACACUUUCAUCCUCGCCUCACUCGUCCAGCUUUUUGACGAAUACGAAUUGGAGCUCCUGCUGUCAGGGAUGCCGGAGAUCGAUGUGCAGGAUUGGUACAAGAACACUGAGUACACUAGUGGCUACGACCCCCAGGAGCCAGUCAUCCAGUGGUUCUGGGAGGUGGUGAAGAGCCUGACCCAGGAGGAACGAGUUCUUAUGCUUCAGUUUGUCACUGGAAGUUCCAGGGUUCCUCAUGGCGGUUUUGCUUACCUGAUGGGCGGCAGCGGUUUACAAAAGUUCACCAUUUCUGCAGUGGCGUUCACCUCCAACCUUCUACCUACCGCUAGUACCUGUAUCAACAUGCUGAAACUACCAGAAUACCCGAGUAAGGAGGUUCUGAGAGACCGGCUGCUCGUAGCUCUGCAUUGUGGGAGCUAUGGCUACACCAUGGCGUAAACACCACAUCAGUUCCUGCUACCAGGAGAGGCUGCAGACCCAAGCAACAACCCCACCUCCACACACGUUCAUUUAGUUGUCAGGUACUGCUUUUGACAAAAAAAAAAAGUAAAUCAAGAUUCCUAUUGAUGAGCUGCUGGACAGGCACAACAGACUGAAUAGAGGCCACAGGUUCUGGAGCUCCACUCAUACCUGUGCCUUAACUCUUUUUUCUGAUUUUAUUGAAGCUGGUUUCAGUAAUUUAUGCAAAUAAUGAUUUGAUAUCUUCAAAUUUCACUAUUUUCAAGCAUUUAUGAAAAACAGCAUUUAUAAAAUGAACUCUACUUAAAACACAGGCUAAAGCAUAUUCAUGCAGGCUUACUGAAUGUCAAAUAUUUACUGCGUUUAAGGUGAUUUCCAUAUGGAUACAGGAUAGAAUUGAUCUGCUUUAAACACGCUGUCAAUCAAACUAUCAUAUUCAUAUCAUAGGUUCACAGUGCAGAUUUAUUUAAAGGGCCUUCCCCAGGCCCACAUACCAGCAACCUGGUAUAAUACGAUUUUAGUUAGUUUCGUUUUUAAGAUUUUUAUUUAUUUUUUAGUCUCCAUUUCCCUGUUUUAAACGUCCUUUCAUUUAGUUUAAAUAACACAACAAUCUGGGAAAACUGGGUGUGUGCAGCAACAAAGAGCCACAAACAAAUGGCUUACCCAAAAGGGAAGACUACUAUUAUUAUGAUGUGUGGUAUUAAUAUGUUUCCUCAAUAAAAAAUAAGGGGCCCUUACUAGAUGAAAUACACCUAGUUUAAAUGUACUGUAUGUGAGCUGUGGUGUCCUAAUACUUUGGGCCAUUAAGUGUUUGUAAAAUGCAGUAUUCAAGCGUAAAUAAUAAUUAUACAAAUAAAGCAAUAACAGGGGUCAGGAAUCUUACAUUUUCAGAAAAUAAAAGUUAACACAACAAUACAUUUUGUUGCAAAUACCGUAGUAUUAGUAAUAUCCUGGCUAAGGUCCUUUGCAGAUACACACAGAUAUUGGACCGAUUACAAUGCAGAACAACACGGAUACUGCACCAAUCACAACGCAGUCACACACACUGAUAUUGGACCAAAUCAAAAUACAGCCAACAUGCCAAAAUAGAUGUCCAUUGGAAAAUACCAAUGUAGGGGGCGCAAAUACACUGUAGGAUAAUAUAAUAGUAAGUGUAAUAUAUAUUCCUUUUGGGUAAUUAAAAAGUUACCUAUUCAAAUUAAAACGAAGGAUAAAUAUUAGCAAUUUCUCAAAAAAAUAAGUAUGCAGAAGAUAACCCGAAUAUACACUACAUUGAGGUGAGGCCUUUGAAGAUACUGAAUUAUCAAGGUGUUCUGUGUGAACAUUCCCUAAGUACAAAAUGUAUGUGUCAUUUGUUUAAACCUGCACCUCUUUGCUUUCUUUCGUCUGUAUUUGUGCUUCAUGAACAGCAGUUUUCUUUAGUGAUGGUUUAUUGUUUGUAUCUGUCCCAGUCGAGUAAACUCUCAAAUGAGUUAUGAUACAACAUAUCUGAACAUGUUUGGCCUGCAUUGCCAAAAAGACAAAGCUGGAACCCUUUUAAAUCCGUAAUUUUUUUGUAUUCUGCCGAAACAAAGAUGCUGAAAAUGUGCUGUAUUUCUAAAAGGAAUAAGGGCCUUGCAUGAAUGUAUCAGGUAGCUUAGUUUUCCUUCUUUCCAUUUGUAAAGGGAGUAUAUUGAUUUAAAACGUACAAUCCCAUUAUCCAGCAGUAUUGUGUUGAAUGAAUCAUCUACAAGCCUUUGUAUACUGAUAUACAUUUAUACAAACAUCUGUAAAUAUCUUCAGUAUCAAAUUAUUUCGUUUGUCAGAGUAAGUUUUUUGUGCUUUGAGAUUUUAUCCAAUAAACCUUGUUUUGAGAAGCCAGGUGAUUUGGUGGCGAGCUGCACAGGAGAA